UUCAGUCCCACCGCAAGACCGCCAACGACACCCUCAAGAUGGCUGAUUCCUCUGUUACCGACCCCCAAGUCGCCGCCGACCUCAAGAAGAAGCGGACGUUCCGUACCUUCUCCUACCGUGGGGUGGAGCUCGAUAAGCUCCUUGACCUGAGCAAUGAGGAAUUCGUCGAGAUCGUCCAUGCUCGUGCCCGCAGGCGGUUCCAGCGCGGUCUCAAGCGCAAGCCCAUGGGCUUGAUCAAGAAGCUCCGCAAGGCGAAGAAGGAGGCACCACCCAACGAAAAGCCCGCGGUUGUGAAGACCCACCUCCGUGACAUGAUUAUCGUCCCUGAGAUGAUCGGCUCCGUCGUCGGCAUCUACAACGGCAAGGUCUUCAACUCCGUCGAGAUCAAGCCUGAGAUGGUUGGCCACUACCUCGCCGAGUUUUCGUGCUCGUACAAGCCUGUCAAGCACGGUCGUCCGGGUAUUGGUGCCACCCACUCCUCGCGAUUCAUCCCCCUCAAGUAGAGGACCGGGUUUUACGACUGUUUAUGUUGUUGCUUUUAUUCCUCAUCAUCCAUGUGCAGUAGUCCAAAAUAUUAUGCAACAUGCAUACUAUGCGCACCCCGGAACGCAUACUCGUCUGCAUCGCACGAUGACGAAGCUCAACUGUGGGAUCGUAUCGUGUCGACUGGUACAGGCAGCAUCGGGACACGGAUGUUGUAUUUGCAAGAGUUCGCACAUUUUGAGUAACGCACGCACAAUCCAAAUUUCACCAUUCG